CGCUUUUAAUCGUCAUCACACCAUAUGUGCCAGUUGUCAAUUUACAUUAUUUUAUUAACACAAAAAUGAACUCCUCCUAUUACCAGUAUUUAUAACAUACAUAUGUGAAAGUGAAUGAUAAUGACAUUUAUCCGUUUUAAAUAAUCCGGUGAACCAUGUUUACAUCACUGAAAAACAAAAUCCGCGAAGAAACAGGGAGUGACUUAUCCAAACUAACAGCUAAGAUUACCUCCUCCACGGUCCAGAAGAUUGAAUCGUUAAGAGGAAGAUCAACGCAAGGCUCUACGUCCAGCUUAAAUUCUAUAGUUUCCUCAGAAGGCAUCAAAGAAGAUGGUAGUAUUGAUUCGGACGACUUCAAAAAACGGUUAAUGAAACUAGAGGCAGAUUUUGUGAAAAAGCUUGAUCAUAAAGAAACUGAAUGGCGCGAGUUGUUAAAAGAUAAGGAUAAGAGGAUACAGUCGCUCGAAAAAGAUAGGGAAGAAUUUCAGAACCAGCUAGCUAGCCUCAAAGAAUCUUUAAGAAGUGCUGAAGAAUUCAAUACAAAGAUACUAUUGCACAAAGAAAACAAUGAACAGCUAGAAAAUCUACAAUGCCAAGAAUUAGCUAAAGUGAAAAGUUUGGUACUGUUAAGAGAUCAAGAAAUUUUAGAAAAAUCCACUGCCCUCAAAGAUGCCAAUGCUCAGUUAGAGAAGCUACGAAGUGAGGUAGUGAGGUUAAGAAGGCAAGAAGAAAUACUAAGUGAUGUACAGGGAAACGUAAAAACCGACUUAAACACGGCGAAAAAAAAUUUAGAAAAUGUAGAAAACGAACUAGAAAAAUCCGAAGACGUUUGCAAUAAACUUAAAAUAUCUGUCGAUUCGGAGCAUUCCAUAAACGAAUCUUUGAAAGAAACAAUUUCCAAACUGGAGAAAGAUCUAGCAGAAGAACGAUCGAAUUCCAUUAAUGUUCAAAAGACUUUAACUAGAGUGACUUCUGAAAAAAAUACAGUUCUCCUUCGCAACGCAGAAAUUUCCCAACAGAUGGAGUUAGUGAAACAAGACAUGCGACGACUAGAAAGAGAGAUGACAGAUCAUCUAAACAAACUAAAUACGCUAGAAGAAGAAAAUGACAAGUUAAAAGAUAGUGUAUUAGUGGAACAGAGGCUAAGGAAAAAUAUACUGGAAUUGGAGGACCAAAUCAUGGAGAAAAAUAAGAACAUCAAGACGCUGCAGUUGCGGCUGGCCGAUAUGAAAAAGACUCUACAGCAGGAACUGAGGACUCCAGGAAACCCAAACUAUCAUUCCGAUCUUAUGGACUUGAAUUCCGCAGCUAUUUUGACGCCUACGCAAGUUUCAACGCGACAUUUCCCGUCUUUUGUCAAAAGAGAAGACGAAGACGUCAACUUUAAAUACCUAAAGCACGUAAUUUUUAAAUUUCUAACCAGUAGGGAGUACGAGGCUCAACAUUUAAUCAAAGCAAUAUCCACGCUGUUGAAGUUUACACAAGACGAAGAAAAAUUGAUUCAAGAUACGUUAGAUUGGAAGAAAUCGUGGUUUGGCACCAAACCGAAGUAUCCAGCGACAUCCAAAUUGAGAAACUUUUCUAAUAGUUGAUGGUUUUUUCUUGCAGAGCUGUAUUUGUAGUAGGUUAUGGUCGAAAUUUUCGAAAUCACAGUAUUAUGGAAUCAUUGUUAUAAAUAAGUAAGUUAUUCAAUUAAGACUGCCCAAUUGUAUAUAACCCAACCUAACCUAAACCUCCAAGUACCUCAUCAUCAUUCAAUGCGGAACUUUGACAAAACCGCAAACAUACAUUAAUGCCUUGUUUGAGGUAAGUUAGUUCUUUUUCAUUUCCAAUUGUAGUAACUUUUUAUGCUCUUAGGUAAAAUUCGUUAAAUGCAACUUAAAAAUGUGCGAUACAUUAUUUUUCGACUUUGAUAAUGUUUGCGCAAUAACAGACCAUGACCUAUAUAGCCGGAAAACAAUGUAUAAUUACAAAACAUCUGUUUCAGAGGCUAAAAAUGGUUGUCUCAUUUAUCAUAUCGUUCUUUAUCAACACUUUUACUUUUAGAAGGAUCCACAUCUUUACUAACAGUGAUUCCUAUUACGUAAGCUAUUCUAGUCGUUUUAUUUUUAAUAGUUUUACAAUUUUACCUUUACCU